UUGUGUGGCGGCGGCUGUGGAAGAGAAAGUUUUCCCGAAGCGAGCACUCGCGGAACGAGAAUAACCAACGACAACAGCCGCGCUGCGGUAUCGAGCGAAACGGAGCUGAAAGAAGGCGCGUCGUUGACGCUCGUUGCAGCGUUGGAGACGUGCGUGGUGUACUCCUCCUCGCCCUGAGAUGGGGAAGGAGCAGGAACUGCUGGAGGCGGCGCGCACCGGGAAUCUGGCCGCCGUCGAGAAGCUCCUGUCGGGCAAGAGGCAGUCAGGCGGUUCGGGCCCCGCGAGCGGCAGCGGAGGAUCGUCCGGUAAUGUCGGGAGCGGUGGACACAGCGCUUCUCAUCCGCUCUCCAGUCUACUCAGUAUUUGGAGGGGACCAAAUGUGAACUGUGUGGAUAGCACUGGAUACACACCUCUACACCAUGCUGCUUUAAAUGGACACAGUGAGGUAGUUGAGGUAUUGCUGCGUAAUGAGGCUCUGACGAACAUGGCCGAUAAUAAGGGCUGUUAUCCUCUACACCUCGCUGCAUGGAAGGGAGAUCAACGCAUUGUCAAACUUCUCGUUCAUCAGGGACCAUCUCAUCCUAAACUCAAUGAACAGAACACUCUAGAAAACAAAGAGUUCAAACGCUGUGGCCCGUUUGACCCCUAUAUUAAUGCCAAGAACAAUGAUAACGAAACACCGUUGCAUUGUGCAGCACAGUAUGGGCACACACAGGUGGUGCAGCUGCUGCUGGAAGAGUUAACCGAUCCCACCAUGCGUAAUAAUAAGUUUGAGACACCGCUGGAUCUGGCCGCUCUCUACGGCAGGCUGGACGUGGUCAAACUUUUGAUUUGUGCCCAUCCCAACCUACUCAGUUGCAAUACUAAGAAACACACCCCUCUCCAUCUGGCAUCCCGUAAUGGACACCUGUCCGUGGUAGAGGUUCUUCUGGCGGCUGGUGUGGACAUCAACUACCAGACAGAUAAAGGUAGCGCUCUUCAUGAAGCAGCCCUCUAUGGAAAGACAGAAGUGGUACUAAAACUUCUCAACGCAGGUAUCGAUGUGAAUAUUGUAGACUGUAAGAAUCUGACAGCGCUGGACACUGUUAGAGAUAUGCCCUCUCAAAAGAGCAGACAGAUCGCUGGACUCAUACAGGCUCAUAUGAGUGGCUGUCCGUUAAACAUAACUCCGCCUUCUCCACCUGUGACUACAACUCAAAACAGCUUGAGCCCCAAGAAGAAAGGAGAAAUGGAGCAGCAGGUCAUUGAUCUUAUUUCGGCUAUGGAGGAGAGUCCGUAUGAAGCUCUGUGUGAAGCGUCCUCGUGUCAAUCGCUCGACAGUCUCGCCAGUGGAAAAUCAUCCGACAGAGAUUCCGGCCGACCGGACAGUGAAGCUGGAAAGAAAGAGCGAUCAGCACCUCUUCCGGUUGUUCAGGGCCCAGAUGAGGAGCUCAGUUCUGAGGCCGUUUACACCAACAGCAGUGUAGAUGAACGCAUGGAGUCAGAGGAAGACCACAUAUAUGACCUGCUGGUCACCGCACACACAAAAAUGCCAAACACCUCCCAAAACAAAACAGAGCACACAGUCAAGUCUUCCAGCAGUGCUGUACCUCAGAAGAAGACAAGUGCACACAUUGACCUGCAGCCUUCAGCAUGCAGCACAAAUACACUGCAGCCCCCUAUACCUGUAUUCAGUAAAGCCCAGACAUCUGCAGAGAGCUCAUCGUACGGCCAGGAUUUAAGCCCUGCCGUUCCCGAGCAGUUCACCGGUCUGCUUCACGGUUCCUCGCCGGUGGUCGACUGUCGGGAGGGAGCUUUCAAACUGCCUGCUUCUGGAGAGGAGACCUGCGAGGUAUCCGACGCAUCCACCAGCUCUGCCCCUCUCCACCAUCCCACCCCGUCAGUCACCAUGGAAACCGUUCUCCAGGACACAGACCCUAAAGCAAUCUACGCCACCGUUCACAAAGAGCGGCGCGAUUCGCCGAACCGCAACCCGUCCGUCCGCGAUUCUCCGUCGACGAGGAAGAAGGCUCCUCCGGGUGAUCUCAAGCUGGCUCGAAGCCUUUCGAAGUCCGACUCUGACCUGCUGGUGUCGUCACCUGGUGAUGAAGAGACAGGAUUGGGUGGACGAAGUGAGUCUGUGUCCGACUGCAGCAUCACUAAGAGAAGACUGGAAAAGUCACCUUCUUUUACUUCAGAAUGGGAUGAGAGACAAAGGAUUUCUCUCUCUAUUCCAUGGAGACCGCGGCCCGACCAAAAAAUUGAGAAGAUCAUGACUCUGAUAGGAGCUGGCAUUGAUUUCUCUAAAGAGCAGGACUGCCCUGUUUCAGGUGGAUCUGGGAGGCUUCUGGAUCAGCCGGUUGGUGAUUGGUUGGAACACAUAGGUCUUCCACAGUAUGAGAGUAAAUUGCUGCUCAACGGCUUUGAUGACCUGCGAUUUAUGGGAAAUGAUGUUAUGGAGGAGCAGGACCUGAAGGAAAUUGGCAUCGCUGAUCCUGGACAUCGGAGAAAGAUCCUGACUUCUGCUCGCUCUUUACCAAAGGUGAAAGCAUUGGGUUGUGAUGGAAGCACGUCUCUCGCUGCAUGGUUGGAUGUUUUGGGUCUUCAGGAAUAUCUGCACAACUUUCUGUCCAGUGGUUAUCGCACACUAGAGUCUGUAAAGAACCUUUGGGAAUUGGAGAUUGUUAAUGUACUGAAGAUCACACUGUUGGGUCACAGAAAACGGAUUAUUGCAUCAUUAGCUGAACGGCCCUAUGAGGAACCUCCUGUUAAACCCCCUCGCCUGUCCCAGAUCAGAUGUCAGGAUCUUUUGAGUUCAUCUCCUCUGGGUCAUUCAGACUCUUACACGUGCCCAAUGGAUCCUCUCUUGCCUGCAGCGGAUUCUGGGAGGAGAAGAGGACCCGAGUCAGACUAUGACCUGACAACCCGACAGCGAACAAACGACAGACCUCAACCGCAGGAGAGAUACGAGGAACGUCAACGGGAACCUCGCUUGACCUUGCGACCCCCGAGUCUGGCAGCACCGUACACACCGGUCCAGAAUUGGCACCAUCAACCUGAAAAACUCAUUUUUGAAUCCUGUGGUUAUGAGGCCAAUUAUCUUGGCUCAAUGCUCAUUAAAGAGUUGAGAGGAACGGAGUCAACACAGGACGCCUGUUCUAAAAUGAGAAGAUCGACAGAGCAGAUGAAGAAGACCCCCACUAUCGUCCUCUCCAUCACGUACAAGGGUGUGAAAUUCAUUGAUGCUGCCAACAAGAACAUCAUUGCCGAACAUGAGAUCAGAAACAUCUCGUGUGCAGCUCAGGAUCCAGAAGAUCUCUGCACCUUUGCUUACAUCACAAAAGAUCUUCAGAGCAGUCAUCAUUACUGUCACGUCUUCAGCACUGUAGAUGUGAAUCUGACCUAUGAGAUCAUUCUGACAUUGGGACAGGCGUUUGAAGUGGCCUAUCAGCUGGCACUGCAGGCCCAGAGGAGCAGACAACAUCAGAGCUCAACAGGAGGAGCGGAAAUCAUUGAGACCAAGAGCAGUCGACCUGUACCCAAACCUCGAGAGAGUGUCCGCAAGUCUGGGUUGGAAGCGAUGGACGUGGACGCUCACAGUCAGAGCAGCGCAGCCUGGAUCACAGACUCCAAAGAUCCCAAGCCUACCGUCAGCACCAAGUAUGAGACCACCAUAUUCUGAUUGGACGUUCCUGUCCUCACAUCUCUCCUCCCUGUGCCCUGUGCCUUCACUCUCUAGAUAGACUUUGACUUUCCCUUCAUCGACAUUCAAUCGCUCUCUUUUCUCCUCCGGACUCGAUCGCUCCCUCAUUCGCUCCGUCCAGCUGAGGUCUGCUUCUGCUUUCACUGUCUGACUCUUUAUUCCUGAGGUUUAAAGGCUCAAAGAAACCUCCACUCUUCCUAAAUCCAUCCUCAAGAUUGUACGUCCCGUCGUAGCCCUUUAAGUUUGUGUAUGCUCACCACUUCACCUGUAGUUUCAUCUAAACUGACCUGAAACCAAAGUAAAUCUGCACAGAGGAUCAGAUCAUCUCUAGUAGUACAUUAGUUUUAUCACCUGAAGAAACCAAUCUAAUAUUUCUCACUUGACGUUACUCCCUCCAUCAUUCAUACUGAUGUUGGCUGCAGUGAAGAACUUGUCCCAUUGUCAUCUUCAUCAUCCUCUUCACUUUCAGCUAAAACUUCUGGCUUUACUAAACAUAUACUGUAGCAGCAGAUCACAUGAUGAGGCACUUUAGAUGGGCGGGUUACAGUUACGUUAUUAUUCCUUCAAUAAAUCCCAUGCAUUUUAAAGGAAACCACAACAAUUUUUCAAUAUUUUAUUAUGUUCUUACCUCAACUAAUAUUUUUUCAAUGCAUGCACUUUUAAUAUUUGUACAGUGCUUAGUUAAUGUGUUAGCAUUUAGCGUAGCCCCAUUCAUUCCUAUGGAUCCAAACAGGGAUGAAUUUAGAAGCCACCAAAUACUUCCAUGUUUUUUUCCUAUUUAAAGACUGCUACAUUAGUAGUUACACAAGUAUGGUGGCACAAAAUAAAACUUUUGUUUGGAUCCAUAGAAAUGAAUGGGGCUAGGCUAAAUGCUAACACAUUCAAGAAGCGCUGUACAAAGAUUAAAAGUGCACUCAUUGAAAAAAGAUGGGUAUGGAUUAAUUAAUCUAAGUUGAGAUAAAAACAGUAAAAUAUUGAAAACUGUGAUGUUUUCCUUUAAAAGAGAGGACUCUGUGUUAGAUAAGAUCAAUGAUCCCACAUAAGCCUGUUUCAUGUGUUUUUGCCAUUUUCAUGACAUGUGCCAGUGGAUGAUCAGAUGUUUAGAAAGCUUUUUGUUAUUGUUGAUCUGUUACCUUACAGACUGAUGUUUAAAUCAUCUCUCUAUGGACUAGAUCAAUCUAUUAGUCCUGUUAUGUUACUAUGCACGUCUAAGAGAUGACUCUGGAUUUUACAUUCAAACUGCACUAACACGUACGUCAAUCACACUCUUCAUUUUAUUUUGCUGCCAAAAUAUGGAUUGAUGUUUUAACACUGUGAUAGAAUGUGGUGUACCAGUAAAUGUCUGAACCGAAUCACAGAGAUAUGAGAAAACCUCCUGUUCGUGAUGUGUCUGAUGACGAGACAUCAAAGUGAAAUGAUACUGACUGUUUCAAAGCGUUUCACAGCAUAUCUGAGAUCAAGUUUUAUAUUCUUUUUUGGGGUUUCGAAAGUGGAAAUGUGUUCUUACAAGCCUUAAAAAGACCUCAUGGGUGCUUAUUAAACAUUUACACAUACAGUACAGUAGCACACAGCAACACUUUCAGCUGUUGCAUUUCAUGACCGUUUCUGAGAUGGUGACAUCAUCAUCGGUCAUUCAAGGCAUUUGCAAAGUGUUUAUGAUUAACAUCAUAACCAGAUUAAUGUCACUUUAAAUUACCUGCUGCUUUUUUAUCAUUGCAUGCCGUCUGUCAUUUCCUUUAUUGGCCCAACAUCAUUCUGUUUCUUCUCUAAAUCAAUUACUUUUUUACAAAAUCCUGUCAUCUGUGGAUCCUUAAACGUUCCCAGUGAAAAACAGCUGAUACUUGAAAACGCAACAAUGCAAGAAUGAGUUUACUGUACAUGCUUGAUAAAUUGGACAGCCAUUAUUAGUCCAUACUGUUUGUGUCAACUUUGGUUUUAAGUUCACAUCUUACUGUCUGACAGUAUGAAUAACUGAGGGAUUUAACUCCAGUCCUGCAGAGGUUUAUUUAAACCAACACACUUCCAUCUUGAGAUUUCCUAAUCCAGAUCUUGAGGAUUUCUUAAAGGGUACCUCGACUGUUAACACAUGUUUGGUUUAAUAGAUUAACACUGGGAUUGGCACUGUAAAAGUAAACCGUAAAAGUGUCAUUGAUUUUUCUUUUAUGCCAAAAAUUAUUAGUAUAUUAUGUAAAGAAUUUCCAAGAAGAUAAACUUUAUUUUUGUGAGUGGAUCCAGAAAAAUCACAAAAUUGGCCAGAAACUCGCCUACAAACUUGCACUCGUUCCUACUUGCUAUUUAGGGAUUUCCAUUUAAGUGGUUUUGAUGUAAAAGAUCCGCAAGGUCAUUACAUUAGAUUAUUUAUUUAGCUUUCAGAUGAUGUAUAAAUCUAAAUAAAAAAAGCUGGUCCAGGGUAGAGGUCUUCACAGGUCCACUUAAUAUCCUAAGGUCCAACCUGAGCAGUUCAGGUCUAAGGGCGCACUCACAUUAUCCAAACCAAACCAAACCAUGCCCCAGCGCGAUUGUCACCCCUCCCUACUUCCCCAGAUGCAUGCACUUACACUGUACUUUUAUCGAUCCGAGCCUGGGCGUGCUUUCGUCAUUAACAUGCGAUUGUUUUGAAAAAAGCAGGAAGUAAAGCGCUCUCUUAACACUGGAACCCACCGUAAUGAUAAGUCUGUGUUAAUUAUUUGGAGUCGUUUGGUGCGCGAUUACAGACAGCCCUCUCACAUGUCAUCAUAUUGCUUAGUUGAUCUGACACAUGUGCAGCUCGGACAUUCACGUAACCCCGCUGCACGCAUCAAAAAGUUUGAAACCGCUAUGAAAACCAGACAUUUUUUUAAAUGUUUUGCCACUCAACAUGGCGAACCCAGGCAUGGUCACAUGGAAAAGUGACGUUGUUGCACACCCUCCAUAAUAAUAGCGAAAUUGUCUCUCUGGUAAUUUCAAAUGAAUGUGUGUUAGCCGAAUGGAUCCGAGGUGACCCGAACGCAUCGAUUUCCUUUUCUAACCCCUCCUCUGCUUGCAAAGGUUCAUUUUCAUUGAGACACACCUGUCAAUCAAUUUUAGAUGUACAUUUUAGUAGGGAUGCACCGAUAGGAUUUUUUUGGGCCGAUACCGAUUUAAACAGAAAACUUCUGGCCGAUGCCGAUACCGAUAUUAAACACUUGUAAACAAUACUAUACAGUUGGUCUAUUAGCUAGUUUAUUUCUGCAUCAAAUUAUUUUUACUGAACAUGGAUUGGAUCUAAUUAACAUUCAACUGACCAACAUAAUAAGAGAGGCAAAAAUGAAGCUAAAACAAAUAUAAGAAGACAGCUUUACAACCUUCAAAGGCAGUUUUGGCUAUUCAGCAUUAAUUUUAUUAACAACAUUAACUCAUUUUUUUUUACCUAUAAUAGAUUUCUUUAUGCAGUUAAUUAAUAAACAAUCGGUAUCGGCCUUUCUCAUGCUAUUGCCGAUAUGCCGAUGGUUUCAAAUUCAUCAAAAAUCGGCCGAUAAAUAUCGACAUUUUAGUGGUAACCUUUGUGUCAUCAACAAAUAACAACGGAAAAUAAAUGAAGCAUGAAAGCCACCGGGGUUUCUUUCUGUCCGAUUGUUGCGUCUGGGGAUGUUGACUGCGCACACGUCCGUGCCCAUUACAUUCGGGUCCAGUUGGGUAUGGUUCGGGUCAGACUCUGGUCCAACUAUUUUGGACCUGAGAAGACCUGUAGUUCAGGGUCACAUAUUAAAUGUGUUUCUAUCAAUGGAUUUUAGUAGUAGAAGACCAAUAUAAAGUAUUAAAGCAUACAAGUCUUCAUAGUCAAGGUACCCUUUACUUAAAAAUUGCAGGUAGCUUAUGACAAUAAAAGUUUUUUCAACCAAUAAUCUCUUUAGAGGAAUAAUUCACCCAAAAUUGAAAAAUCUGUCAUUUUCUCAUCCUCGUGUUGUUGAAAACCUGCAUGAAAUUUUUUUUUUUUGAUAAAUGAAGAUAAGAACACAUUUGACGGUACCCAUUGAAUUUCAUCGUAUUUGUUUUUCCUCCUAUGGAAGUCAAUGGUUACAAUAAGCUGUGUGCUUAUCGUCACACAUUAAAAUAUCUUCUUUUGUUUAUGACAGAAUUUAGAUUUUUGCUUGAACUUUCCCUUUAAGGUCCUGAAGAGAAAUGAGUUGCCAUGACUUUUUCCCUUCAUCCUUUAUCAUCACGUCUGUUGUAAAUGUUAUUAACAUGUUAUCUAAAGGCCACGUUUGAUUUCUCUGCUGUGUUAUAAUUCCUGUAUGUGUCUUCCUGUAGCUGACAGCUGUGUUGGAUGACAAACAGACAGGAAAAUAUGGAUGUCAAUGGCAGCAUCGCUAGGGAUGAAAGCUCACCUGUGUGAUGUGUGUGUGUUUGUCUGUCUGUUUGUGUGUGUGUGUUAUUUUCUCUUAAUCCCAGACACACAGUUCACCCCGUCCAUGUGCAUGUGUUAUAACAUUAAACAAAACCGUCUCAUCUCAGAAUAAAGAUAUCUCACUUUGGUCAGAUUUCAGGUAUGUUCAAAGACUUAUUUUGCAAACACUGGAAAAACAAACGCGGCAGUCGCACUGUGUGUUUACACAACAUAAGAAGUCAGUGUUGAUGUUAUCAUUGCUUGGAUACUGUUUCACUUUUAUUUUCAUUGUGGGGAUGAAACCAAUGCUCUUUUAUCUCAAAGUCUAGAUGCUCUUACUUCGAAAAUAAAACCUAGUUAAAGUUAGAAACACUGAUUCCAGUUUAGCAAAACACUGAGAAGUUGAAUACAGUCUUGUCUUGUUGUUAUAACAGUUUAAGAUCGAUCCAUCAGUACGUAGAAAUAUAAAAAUUUGUAAUGUCAGUAUUUCAAGUCAAGUAACCAAGGCUUUGGUGAAAAGCUAACGCGUUUAGGUAAGACGAUUCAAAUCCUGUUAUCAGUUUAAAUAGGAAAGGUUUGUGUAGUUUAAAGAAAGAAACCGUAUGCCGGAUUAAUGCGAUGUUAUGUAAGUUGUGUGGUACACUAAUAUAAGAAGUUAAAGAUGACAUGAGAACGGUACGGUACGGUCCUGUUCUGUUACGCUUUGUGACUUUACAAGUAUACUGUGAUUUUUAAUACAAAUGAUGAUGUUAAUGUGACACUAGGAACAACAUCCAGUUGUUUAUGUUGUUAUAGAGCUUCUUAACAAAACUGUUUGUCUUUAUUUUCUAUAAAUGAUUAAGUUGAUGAAAGCAGGGUUUGUUUACUGUUAAAUUUGCAUAUUCGAGUAAAAAUGUUGGAUGCUGGAGUGUAUGUAGAUAGUUCAUUAAUAUGACCUGUAGAUGGGAAAUAUUCCUCUUAGUUUACAAGCAUUUUAAGUCUGGUACUUUUUAUUUGAAACCUUAUUUUUACCACGGUACAUUAGAAAUGGGUAGAGUGCAGAUGCUAACGUUAGCGCCUGUAACAGCAGCAGUGUUUGCACAACCAAUCACGUUAGAAAAUUUAAAGUUCACGUCCUAAAUCAUUAAAAUAUAAACAAUGUUGAAUUGUAAAAUAAUCCUUGAUGUUUUGUCUUUUGAUACUUGAACGAUUCUGCUUUUAUAGAUAUCUCUAUAUAUGUAUAUGUAUGUAUUGUAUUGUAUGUAAUUUUUGUUCGUCGAUAUGAUUUUUGGUCAUGUUUUUGUCCUAUCUAGAGAGGGAGAAGUCUUUUUAAAGCUCAACAUAUCAUGUUUGCAAGUGAGCGCGAGACUGACAAUGAAAUCUUUGAGAGAUUCUUGCCACAAAAUCAAAGAGAACGAUUGUACAUAAUCUUGGGCUUCCAGUCUUUUUUAUGAUUAUUAUUUUUCAUAAUUGUACAUCCAAUAAACGAAGAGAUGGUAUCCA